AUGCAAAUUAAAUAUCAAGCAAUCAUUCUAGGAGGUGGAGAAAAAGCAGGAAAUAUGCUCUUUCCACUCUGUCAAAAUUUUUCUAAAAGUCUUUUACCUAUUGGCAAUAAACCAAUGAUUCUCUAUUAGUUAGAUGUUUUAGAGACAGCAGGAUUUGGACCUUAAGAUAUUUUAAUUUUGAUAACAAAAAAUCAUUAACCCGUUGCUGAUUUAGUUUAGAGAAGAGCAGAAAUAUUUUAUGUAAGUGAUGAUUCUGAAUCAGGAUCUGCACUAUUGGAAGCACAAGAAAAAAUUAAAAAAGAUUUCAUUCUUCUCUCUAAUGACAUAUUGAUAGACGCUAAUAUAUUAGACUUGUUGGAUUUCCAUUAUUCAUAAAAAGCAACAAUCACAUGUUUAAUUAAAGAAGAAGACUUAGAUAAAAAGUAAGGAAGAGCUCCAAUAUCUUGCAAUCUUGAUGAGUCAUUUGAUAUCAUGUUUAUUGGUUCUAAUAAUAGUUUAUUACACAUGACUACUAAAUAAAAUGAUGAUGAAUUAAAUCUUAAAGUAAGUAAAAAUGUUCUUUUGAGUUGUGAGAGUGUGUAAGUAAUGACUAAUUUAUUUGAUACUCACAUUUAUGUUUGCAAAUAUGAUGUAUUANUAUCUCUAUUACACUUUCUUUUACGUUUAGACUUUCUGGUAUAAAAAAUUUGCAGAAAAAAGAUAAAAUGA